GAAGGUGCAGUGCAAGCGUUUGCUACGGCUGUAAGCGUGCGAUCGAAUCGCUGUGAUGCGAUGGUCUUCAGAGAUUGCAUGAAAGGGCUGUCCACAAAGCAGCCGUUUUUUCGAGCAUUUAAAAAAUUGAUCAAAAUGUGAUCAAAAUGGAACCUCGUGAUGGGAAAUGUCUUCAUUAUAAUAAUGGCAACUUUGCACGCAAAGUUUUUAUUGCUUUGCCUGAAAGUGCUAAUUUCGCAGUGAUUUUCAUAAUAUUAAUCGGAUAUGGGAAACAGUGGAAAAAUGCAUUUAAAAUUGAAAAAAUGCACAGCCUAGUGACGUCGUCUGGCGGCAUUGCCCAUUUAAACACACAUAUAUCUUGGCAGAUUAGAUCAUUUUGUCAUAGGACUCACGAGUCGCAGGGACACUUGACAUUUAAGGGAAGAAAACGUUCCGUCAGAGCUUCAUUGCUCGAAAGCAUAAUUGAAAGAGAAAGGUUGAAAAAUGUUAACUUCACUCUUUCCUUCGAGUUAUAUGGCUUUAUUGAAAUGCAUGGACCAGCGGCGCAACUUUAAUUUUAAAAUCUGGUUGAAGUUGAAGCAGAAGUUGGACGGUUAAAUCACCUUUGAUGUUGGGAAGUGGUGCGGUGAAAACAUUAGUAUCAUCACUCGAAAAUGUUUCACCCACAAAACAAUUUAAACAUUUUUGUAUAGGUGAAUAUGAAUAUUAAUUUUUUUUUUUUGCGUUCAUGGAUGAAAAAUAUCUGACUGAUUUUGAUUUACUAAAACUAAAUAAACGGUUUUUUGUAAACUUUA